CUGCUGCAGUAAAUGAAGGGAACUUCAUGAGUGCAUGCCUGCCUCUAGCGAAUGCUUGAUCGGUCACAGCUGAGUACAUGUCAUACGAUACCUAAAGAGAAGAAGUGGUGGCUACAUCUCAUGUGGGUUUGAACAAUUUCUCUGAUACCUUGCAGCUGAUGUACAACUACUACAACUAUUGCUGCCACCGAUACACCUAUUACAACGGAACAUCAUCUCAUCAGUACAAUGAACUGAAUAUAUGGUCAUGUACCGUCAACACAGAGGAUUUAUGCAGACUCUGCCGUUUCAUUUGUAAUUUACUUUAAAAAGGAACCAUGGUGAGCAAGGAAGCCAGCAAAUGCCUGCUCACAAAUUCAGACACAGAGGUCGAGGCAUCCGCGUCGUUAGCCCUGGAGAUGAAAUACUCACUGGAUCCCAACAGGCAGAUUAGAAAAAGAAAUAAAGCCCUGCAGGUAAGAUUUAAGGACAUCUGCGACGCCCAAAACGAACAAAGGGAACUGGCCAGGCAAUCGGAAAGAAAGGGUACGAAACCAAUCUCUUGUAAAGUGGCUUACCGCAAGUACAUGACUGUGCCAGCAAGAAGGUCAAUACCCAACGUUACCAAGAGCACUGGGGUGCAGACUUCUCCCGAUCUCAAAAAACGCUACCAGACGUUCCCUUUUGAGCGGAAGAAAGGACAUUCCAUUAAGAAUGCAUCAGUCGUGGAAAGCUUCAAGAGUCACAACAAUGGAUUUGUAAUCGACAUUAAGGGUAAUAAAGGCAAAGUAAGCUCAGGGGAAGCUGCUCAAUGCAGCAAGAAGAUCAGCGAUCAAAAAGAAGCGGUGUUGACUUCACAUACUAACGACUGCUUAGACGCAGUAGAUAAGAAUUCCAGUGGUAACUGUUCUGAUGGAAAAACAUGCACCAAUGCCUUGUUGCAUAGCUACUCUGAAGAUACCCCUUGUUUUUCAAACCCAACAGACUCCAAUUUAAAAGAGCCUGUGUACCAGCUGUGCAAUAUUAAAUCCAAACUUCACAGAGGAGCAUCACAAGGCAACCAGGACUCUAAUCAGUCAGCACACACACAGACGCUGAACUCCGAACAAGCUUCAAUAGAACAGGCGACAGAAACAGCUCACAGGGUCACGGGUCCCAUUGCCUGGAACUCUUUAACACAGGUUGAAUGUCUGGAAAGUCCGUCGGCAGGGAAAAAACACAAGAAAGCUUUGCAGUUGAACGGACUGCACUCACAACCAUUAAGUAGCCAGGUCUGCUCGAUACAGGCUCAGGGCCAAUCUAGCCAGUGCAAUGAACAGUCCCUUCAGACCCAUGCUUCACCUGCAGUGGAAACUCAGUCCUGUCAGGGCGCAAGGGCAGCGAGUGAGACUUGCCAGCAGAUUGUGCCUCUUGCACAAGACGGGGACCUAAAAGCACAGCUCCACGUGAUGGAAAACCUUAUCAGCUCCAGUCAGGAGACCAUCAAAGUGCUGCUGGGCGUCAUUCAGGAGUUGGAAAAGGGAGAAGCCCACAGAGAAGGCCUCUCCUACCGAACUGGACAAGACACAGCAAACUGCGACACCUGUCGAAACAGCGCAUGCAUUAUUUACAGUGUUGAGCUAGACUUCAAGCAACAAGAGGACAAACUUCAACCAGUUUUGAAAAAGCUCUGUCCAUUUGAAGAAACUCAGGUUCCAUCUCUGCCUUACCCCCAGGAGGGGUUUGCUUCAACACCGAAACGGAAAUCCAAAACCGAGUCAAAGAAGCACGCCAGGUGGAAACUCUGGUUUCUUUGAACAGGACUCUCUGCUAAGAAAUCUCACAUUGUAUGGCCUACCUUCACCAACACAUGGAUAUUAGUUCUAAACAAUCCUGGAGAUUAAACACGAAAUUGAUCUGGAAAGAGGUAUAUUUAAAAAAAAAAAAAAGAUCAGUUGCAAAAAGUGUUUACCUGGAUAACACUCGAUUGUUUACCAAAAAAGGGAUUGACAGACUUAAAUCAUUUCCUGAAGCUGAAAAUAUGGUGGGUAAGGUGGGCAGUAAAUGGGAUUUAUUUAUUCAUUUUCUACUAAAACUUGCCAAGUCAAAAAUAUUUUUUUAUGAGUUCAGCAAUUAUUAUGGUUACACCUGUUAAUGGCGGGCAACCAAACGCUCAGCAAUGCGCUAGAAUCAAAGACUACGUUUUUCUGUUUUAGGUUUCUUUUAUCCUGCCAGCAAUCCACAAGAUGCUGCUUCAAGUCCAAAAGGCAAGUCAUAACUGUGUGGCGCUUGAUUUUCAUGAUAAAUCUGAAGAACUAUUUUUUUUUUUUUUUUUUUUUUUUUUUA